AUGUGCUGUCUUAUUGUACAGAACCAUCCUUCCCAAGAGAAGUUGUCUUGUUCCUUGGGCACUGUCUGUCUGUUUUAUUUCCUUGGUGAUGCGAAUGGGGCAGCAUUUGCUUUUUCUUUUCUAGGUUUCCAGCAGAUCUCUCAUUUGUCGUCUUAUGAAAUUAUUCAGCCACAGAGGUUAACAAGAGAGCGGCGAGCGGCCGACAAUUCCUCCUCCGGACAGGACAGGGUGUCAUAUGUCAUUCAUGUAGAGGGAAGGAAACACACAGUUCACCUAGAAAAAAACAAAGAACUUUUACCCAAAGAUUUCACGGUAUACACCUACAGCGAGGAUGGAACGUUGCAGUCUGAGCAUCCGGACGUGCAGGAUCACUGCCAUUAUCAGGGAUACGUGGAGGGGAUGCAGGAUUCCCUGGUCGCUGUCAGCACUUGCUUUGGACUCAGGGGACUGCUGCAAGUGGAAAAUGUUGUGUAUGGAAUUGAGCCGAUGGAUUCCUCCUCUGGCCUCAAACACAUCCUCUAUCGAAUGGAGGAUGUGAAGAAGCAACCCAUGAUGUGCGGCGUCAACAGCACCGACCCUGAAAGAGAGCGCACCGAGGACGCGCACCCUCCCAGCAUGACUCAGUUGCUGCGACGGAAAAGAGCUAUACUUCCCCAGACGAGAUAUGUCGAGCUGUUCAUAGUUGUGGACAAAGAACAGUACGAGGUGAUGAGCAGUAGUGUAACUGCAGUGAGAGAAGAGAUGGUGCAUCUAGCAAAUUACCUGGACAGUAUGUACAUUAUGCUGAAUAUUCGCAUCGUGCUGGUCGGCUUGGAGAUCUGGAAGUACCAAAACUUGAUUAGCACCGAGGGAAGUGCCGGCGACGUGCUGGGGAACUUUGUACAGUGGCGGGAGAAGAAUCUUGUCACGCGCCGACGACACGACAGUGCCCAGUUUAUUCUGAAGAAGGGGUUUGGUGGAACUGCAGGAAUGGCCUAUGUUGGCACAGUGUGCUCCAAAAGCCAUGCAGGAGGGAUUAAUGUGUUUGGACAAAUCAGCGUGCAGAUGUUCGCAUCAAUUGUUGCUCAUGAGCUGGGUCAUAACCUGGGAAUGAAUCAUGAUGACGAAAGGGUUUGUCACUGUGGUGCAGCAAACUGCAUCAUGAACUCUGGAGCAUCAGGAUCCAGAAACUUCAGCAGUUGCAGUUUAGAAGACUUUGAGAAGUUAACUCUGAACAAAGGUGGCAGCUGUCUGCUCAAUGUUCCCAACCCAGAUGAGACCUAUAGCAUCCCGUAUUGUGGCAACAAGUUGGUGGAUGCUGGGGAGGAGUGUGAUUGUGGUUCACCAAAGGAAUGUGAAAGCGAUCCUUGCUGUGAAUCAGGUACUUGUAAACUCCGAGCAGGGGCUGAAUGUGCGUAUGGCGACUGCUGUAAAAAGUGUCGGUUCCUGCCAGGCGGCACUGUGUGCCGGGCAAGUACCAAUGAAUGUGAUCUCGCUGAGUAUUGCAACGGGACUUCCCAGUUUUGUCAGCAGGACGUCACUGUUCAGAACGGGCACCCCUGCCAGAAUGAUGAAGCCUAUUGCUACAACGGGGUUUGCCAGUACUAUGACUCACAGUGCCAGGCGAUCUUCGGCUCAAGAGCAAAGGCUGCCCCGAACAUUUGUUUUGCUGAAGUGAAUUCCAAAGGUGACAGGUUUGGCAACUGUGGGUACCAUGGCCAUGACUACAAAAAGUGUUCCAGCUGGAACGCCAUGUGUGGGAAGCUACAGUGUGAGAAUGUGAAAACCAUGCCUGUUUUUGGGAUUGAACCGGCAAUAAUUCAAACCCCCAUCAAAGGCACUACAUGCUGGGGUGUGGAUUUCAAGCUCGGAUCAGAUGUUCCAGAUCCUGGAAUGGUGAAUGAAGGCACAAAAUGUGAUGCUGGAAAAAUCUGUAGGCACUUCCAGUGUGUAAGUGUCUCGGUCCUGAACUAUGACUGUGAUGUGAAGAAAAAAUGCCACGGACACGGGGUGUGCAACAGCAACAAGAACUGUCACUGCGACUCCCAUUGGGCCCCUCCCUACUGUGAAACCAAAGGAUACGGAGGAAGCGUAGACAGUGGACCCCCGUACAACGACAAAGACACCUCCUUGAGAGAUGGGUUGCUGGUUUUCUUUUUCCUGGUUCUCCCGCUCCUUUUAGUUGCAGUCGUGGCGUUUGCAAAGAGAAACGCACUGGUGCAGUGCUUCAGGAGAACGGUCUCACGCUGCCAUCGAUCACAUACAAGUGUGCCAACUCCAGCGCCGUGCACAGAGACAGAUCCAGGAAGCUUCCUGCAGAAUAAGCCCUAUACGUCAAGGAGCGUGCCCAAGGAUGUGCCAGCAAACAGAAGCACCGUGCCAUCUUAUGCAGUUCACCACCACCAGCAGCAGCCGGUUUAUCACCAGCCUUACAAUUAUCCUCAGCCAUCCCAGGAGCAGCAACAGUAUAAGAUGCCUGCAAGGCCACCUCCACCACAACAGAAAAACGUACCUCAGGGACACUAUUUUCCUUCUCGACCUGCACCUUUACCUCCCAAGUAGCUUUUAGUUUCUCUCUCACAUACUGACCUGUUCACUGAAAUGAAGCUGAAAUUCUGUUUGUUCGUCUUGCAUCAAGUGUCCUAUGAUAUCCCACAAAGCCAGCUUUCUGCAGUAUGGGGUAUGGAAAAUGAGAUAGAAACGCAAGGAAUGUAAGAUUAAUAAAUCAAAGAUACCUCGACCAAAGCUACAGGAACGGGACACUCCGUCCGUUCUUAGCUCCAUGUGUGAGCAUUGCGGCUUUGCAAACUGAAGUUGGACUAUCCAGUUGGAAGUGGAUCAGUUGGCAGUAAAAUAAUCUUUAUAGUACAGCACUUGGGAGUUACUUUUUGUUUUCCCCCAACUUAUGAGGAGACACAAUCAUUAAGUAUUCCAUGUGGUUUAUUGUCUUUCUGUAUGUACAAUGAAGUGUAAAAAAAACUCGGUUACCCAUGCAAGCGUUAAAAAUGGAACGAUGAAAAUCAUGUCACUCGAUUUAACAAAACUAUCAUUUACAUGUUCUUGUUUUGUCUGGACAGCUAAGGAUAUAAGUGAAAAAAGAUGUCGGUAUACUUUGAAAGGAAGAGGAAAUAUCCUGUGAACUCGUUUGUGAAUAUGUUUUUACUGGUGUGUUUAAUAUAAACACACUUUUUAAACAACCAAGAAAAUCUUAACUUCAUGCUGACUGUCACUAAGCUAUAGACAAUAAAGGAUACUAGGGCAGUUAAUUUAAAUGGUUUUUUUAAAUACACAAUUUUAAGUAGCUAGACCAGAAAUCUCUACUAAUUUACCACUAAUAUGCUAAAUGGGAUAUUAAAAUGAAGGUACGGAAAAUUGUAGCCUUUUCUUGUUUUAGAAAGGGGAGUGCUCUUGAGUUUUAACUUAUAGACACUAUGACAGCAAGAGACAUUGUAAAAUUUUAAGAGGAAUGAUGCAUAUUGUUUAUGUAGACCCUUUGAGAAUUUUUUGAGCACUUUAAACCCUCACACCCUGCUGACCCCAAUGUAUGGAAUUUUCGCCUACUUUUCAAACUUCGAUUUUAGUAUCAGUCAGGAGGUUGAGACUGGCUAAAGCAUGUUAUUUUUAAAAUCCGAUUUAAAUCUGUAUCUGAACAAAGAUGCUCUUGGAUGUCAAUUAAGGUAUAUUAACCAAGGUGAAGUUGGAUUAUUGGAUUAUAUUUCACUAGAUUAUGUUGAUGCAGUAUGGUAGAUGCAAGACUGCCAUGACGGUGUGUCUUUUACACAAAUGAUAGAAGGUGAAACAAUGAGUCACAAAUAAUGCUAAGCUUUCUCAUUUUGUCUUAGCCGCUUAGCACAAACUUGUUUUGUAAAUUUCCCUGUAUUUGCCAAAAAAAAAUCUGUGUAUAUAUACUUAUAUAAAUAUAUAUAAAGUUUGCAUUUGUAAUAAUAAAAUACUUGAACUACUGUGGUUCCCCAUAAA